CCGCCUGGGUCACACAAGUGUGCGGGUGGGUGGCCGCCACACGCUCGCUGCGCCCCCGCGUGCGUGUGCUCGCCUCCCUCCCUCCUUCCCUUCCCUCCCCGGCCGCACUAGCUCUCCACUUCCCCAGCCAGCCGUCGUCCCCUGUUUGUUGCUGCCCGUGCUCAUCCGGCCACCUUCCAUCCCUCCGUCCGCGGCCGCCAGUCCCCCGUUCCCCACCGACCACCAGUCUGCGGAUCAAGAUCCGUCGAGGCUGAGGUGAGGAACAAUAUUCUUGGCAUGGUGGCUGACACGGAAAGCGCAGAUUCACUGCCUGGCAGUUCAAAUGCUGCUUCUGAGACGCCUGCUCAUGGGUUGGCCUCAAAGUCUAUUCACCAAAAGUCCCAGGAAAACCCCUCAAAGAAAACACAUAAAGCUGAACGAGAGAAGCUUAAACGUGAUCAGUUGAAUGACCUUUUUGUUGAGCUGGGCAGUAUGCUAGAUCUUGAUCGACAAAAUACUGGAAAAGCUACAGUGUUAGGUGAUGCUGCACGAGUACUGCGAGAUCUAAUUACUCAAGUAGAAUCUCUUAGGAAGGAACAAUCUGCUCUUGUAUCGGAACGCCAAUAUGUCAGUUCAGAGAAGAAUGAGCUGGAAGAGGAGAACAAUUCGCUCAAAUCACAAAUAUCAGAACUACAAAAUGAGCUCUGUACAAGGCUGAGGAACAGCAGCCUCAAUCAAAACAGCCUUGGGAUGUCACUACCAGUUGCGAACACUGUAGGUCCUGAUCUGGCAACUCACCCUAUGCCGCAGCAGAUAUGGAGCAACAUUCCGAAUUUAAGCUCUGUGUCCAUGGCGCACCCAACAAACGCAGCAACUCUGUUACACAGUCGGGACCACUCUGCCGAUGCCGGUCAAGGCUAUGCACCCCAACCUCGGGAGCUGCAGCUGUUUCCAGGUGCAUCAUCUUCACCAGAGCGUGGAUGUUCCGGACUAGGAAGCGACCAGCCCGCAUCGUCGAGCCUGACAGAUUCCUUGCCAGGGCAGCUCUGCCUAAGCCUCCCACAGUCGUCUCAGGAAGGAAGCAGCAGCGGUGUAGUACCGCGCAGCAGAAAGGAACAGCGGAACGGUUAGCCAGCUGACAACACUUGGAACAGUGUCUGGUGGCAGCGAUUGCCCUGUAAAUACCAAGAAUCCCCUCCCUCUACUGAUUCAGAAGUCAGAACUAAUGUUGUAGUUGCUCUGCGUUGAAUCACCACUCUGUAGCGCUUGUUCUAGAAACUUGAGAACAUGUGUGGCUGGCUAUACUUGUGAUGCAGGCUGAUCGAUCUUGUAAGGUGGAACUAACCGGCCUUUUGCUAUAUGUACAUUUUUCAUGAGGUUGUAAGUUGUGAGAUGGACAGCCAGAACACCUUAGCAUUACAUUACAGAUAGUGUGCUCCUUAGUUGGAAUAGAAAAGCAAUUUGAUGGCUAUCAUGCCUUGAUCUGUUAUCUUCCUGCUACCCUGCACAUGUAAUCUUCGAGUAAAAUCAUGCCAUGUUUCAAACAAUGAGAAGAGCAGAUUGCCCAGACUGAUGCAGUGGCACUGCUACUGACGACGAUGUAACUCUGAGCAUUAUGAACAAACAAAGCUGAUUUCUGCUGAGAAAGUUCUCUGCAGUCAUGGCUUGUUA